AUGGCUGCCACAUGUGACAUCUGGAGGGAACAGUCUCCCCAAGGGCCCCUGGAAGACAAGGUCCAGAGAACAUUUUCCCUUAAGGACCCCAGGGAGAGCCCGUGUGAACCAAUGUGGCGUCCCUGUAUUUACAAGAUGCACAAGUCGGAGGGAGAAGGCGACCCGGCCCGGGGCCCGGCGGAGGACCGGGGGCCGCUGAGCGCGGUGGCCCCGCACCACCAGCGCGUCCUCAUCAACAUCUCGGGGCUGCGCUACGAGACGCAGCUGGGCACCCUGGCGCAGUUCCCCAACACCCUCCUGGGGGACCCGGCCAAGCGCCUGCGCUACUUCGACCCCCUGCGGAACGAGUACUUCUUCGACCGCAACCGGCCCAGCUUCGACGGCAUCCUUUACUACUACCAGUCGGGGGGCCGGCUGCGGAGGCCGGUCAACGUCUCCCUGGACGUGUUCGCCGACGAGAUCCGCUUCUACCAGCUGGGCGACGAGGCCAUGGCGCGCUUCCGGGAGGACGAGGGCUUCAUCCGAGACGCCGAGCGGCCGCUGCCCCGCCACCCGCUCCAGCGCCAGGUGUGGCUCAUCUUCGAGCACCCGGAGAGCUCGGGGCCCGCGCGGGCCGUGGCCAUCGUCUCGGUCUUGGUCAUUCUCAUCUCCAUCGUCACCUUCUGCCUGGAGACCCUGCCCGAGUUCAGGGACGACCUGGCCGACCCCUUCUUCGUGGUGGAGACCACGUGCGUGGUCUGGUUCACCUUCGAGCUGCUCGUGCGCUUCCUCGCCUGCCCCAGCAAGGCCGCCUUCUCGCGGAACGUGCUGAACGUCAUCGACGUGGUGGCCGUGUUCCCCUACUUCAUCACCCUGGGCACCGAGCUGGCCGAGCGCGAGCCGGGCGCGGGCCAGAACGGCCAGCAGGCCAUGUCCCUGGCCAUCCUCCGCGUGAUCCGCCUGGUGCGCGUGUUCCGCAUCUUCAAGCUGUCGCGCCACUCCAAGGGGCUGCAGAUCCUGGGCAAGACCCUACAGGCGUCCAUGCGCGAGCUCGGCCUGCUCAUCUUCUUCCUCUUCAUCGGCGUCAUCCUCUUCUCCAGCGCCGUCUACUUCGCCGAGGCCGACGCCCAGGAGACCCAUUUCUCCAGCAUCCCGGAUGCCUUCUGGUGGGCGGUGGUCACCAUGACCACGGUGGGCUACGGGGACAUGCGGCCAGUCACCGUCGGCGGCAAGAUCGUGGGCUCGCUGUGCGCCAUCGCGGGGGUGCUCACCAUCGCCCUGCCGGUGCCCGUCAUCGUCUCCAACUUCAACUACUUCUACCACCGGGAGACCGACCACCGGGAGUCGGACCGCGAGGAGCAGGCGGCCCUCAAGGAGGAGCCGCAGGGCAGCCCGGGGGCCGGGCCCGACGGCAGAGGCGCGCGGAAGGCCAGCUGGAACAAGGGGUCCUUCUGCAAGGGGUCCCCGGAGAAUGCUGAGGGAGCCCGAAGGGGCAGCUGCCCCCUGGAGAAGUGCAACCUCAAGGCCAAGAGCAAUGUGGACUUGCGGAGGUCCCUGUACGCCCUCUGCCUGGACACCAGCCGGGAGACAGACCUGUGAGGGGGGGGUCCAGGCCGGCUGGUGGGGACAGCAGAAGCCUGGAACCCCGGCAUCUACAUUAGACCACAGAGUAUUUCAGACCCACCCUGUAACCCACGUCUGUCCCUCUUCCUUUUGCUCCUUCCCUCCCUCCCUCUUUCCCUGGAUCCCCCCAUUUUUCCCCUUCUUUCCAUGGCACCAAGGGUCGCCUAUUUUUAAAAAGUACCACAUUCCAUGACGCAAGAGCUGUUAAAAUGGUGAGCGCCAUGAGAUGGAUGUAUUUGUAGCCAGUCUCCUAUACCCAGCACAGGAACAACCCAAACAGAAGUGACUUUAAAUAGCCCAGAUCCCAGGAGAUUUUAUCACCGCCUCCCCCCCCACCCAUGUGUUUCAGAUUUGCUUUACAUAUAUGAUUAUAUUUGUGUAUAAGGGGAAAUAUUUUUUAUGGCUGGUGAGUGGAUUUUUGCACUGUAGUUCAGAUGAAGAUAUUUUGGAUAUAUUUUCUGGACAUAGGUUGUUUUUAAUGGAAGAGAGAGUUACUGUAAUGUUUUUCUGUGAAACUUAACGUUAGAGCCAGAGACGCUGGGUGGUUACAGGGUCUGGUUCCCGUGUCUGUAAGCCUCUCUCUCUUUUCUGGGAUGUGCUACCGAUGCUUUGCAUCUAAGGCAGGGAAUGUUCUGGAAGAAAGGCACGCCUGACUUUUUCUGUGCGCCUUAAACAAUUCUUAUAACUUUCUUCGAAAGCAUGUUCAUGAUGUUGGAGGAAGGCUUCUGAUAAUUCGUUCUCUUUGUUUUUGUCCCAGGAAAUAAAAUGUUACUUGGUUGAGGCAAA